UGGUGAUAAUAGUAGGACUAGGAGACUCAAAUAUAAAUUUUGGCAGGGUAGGAGUUAUCUUUAGUUAAAGAAUGGGUUGCCUUCAGAUGUAAUUGAUGCACUAAAUUUAAGGAGUUUAAAGGAAGGUUUGGUAAAUAAUCGAUUGAUAAGGGUGGCUUUGAGUAUUUAUUUUGAAUUUCAGUGACCUACAUAAGUCGAUUUCUGCCAUUAAGUUUUGUUAUAUUAGUAGUACUUGAUACAUCACUGACUAUAACAAGCUCGAUCUUUGGGCAUUGAUUGUCCCACUACCAAGCUUUAUAUAACAAGUUACAUACAGUUAAUGAUUAACUAAACUGCGUUACUGAUUUAUAGCUUUAUCACAUUUAUGAUGAAAUAUAUUUACUUUAGAUUUAUAUUUAAAAAUAUUUUGUAAGUUGCAACUUAUCUAUAAUGAUUAUAAAUGUGAAGGCAGUUUUUAAAUUUUAUGGGAAAAUAUAGUAUAUAUUACAACUUACAUUCUGAAGUGAAGUUAACACACAAAUGUGGUUAUAAACUUGCAUUUUCAUGUAUCCAAACACUGAACUGGAUAGUAUCAUUUUCAUACAUGCAUUCCCUGACCUAGAAAACUAUAUAACUUAACAUAGGACAGAAAUUAUAUUUCACAUUGUUUUUGGUGACAUUUGAGACAGAAUAUAUAACCAACAAUGCCAGUCUUGAAUAUCAUAAUUUUUUUCCUGGAUCAGUGUGCAAACUUGUUGUUUUUAGUAUGUUUAGAAUGUUUGAACUGGUGAACAAUUUGAAAACCUAGCAAAUGAAAGAAAGAAUUCAACUCAUUCAAAACAUUAUCAUAAUUUCAAUUUCUUAACAGUUAUAGUAAAAUUGGUGAUAAACAGCUGAAUAAUUUGUAAUAAAUCAUGCAGAAACUUGCAAGGAAAAUUGUGGAAUAAAACAUUUUUGUUAAUUAUUGAUAAUAAUUCUAGCCAUUAUUCAAGGAAUGUUUACUACAAUCUUUGACCCUAACUGUAAAAUAAAAAUAAUUAUUUAUUGUCAUUGUUCAACAAUUGACGGACUAAAUAUUCAAGUGCAUGUCACUAACUGACUUGUUAAUUAAAUCUGUCUGUUGUAAUGAAAUCUCCAGCCCAAAACAUUUCAUUUGAAAUACUGUAUGUGCAUUUAUGUACUCAUCCCUUAUCAUUCAAUCAAAAAUUUCAGAGAAUUUAAGGUUGUAUACAGAGUUGUUAUAUUAUGGUUCUAGUGCGGUCAUGGGAGUUCUUUGAUGUCUCAGAGUGUUAAGUUCUACACUUGCUUUCUUAAUAAUUAUCAACUGAGUUUAAUUAUCAUGGAUAAAGAUUUCUAUCAGUAUUAUCAUAAAUAGUCGUUUCAUGUAGUAAUUUAAAAUGAGUGUUUAUAUGGUAUGUAUCACCUUUCAUUUCUAACUUUCCCUUAUUUCAUAAAAGCUGUUAAAUGAACAAAAAUAUUUUAUGUCUCUUUACAUGAAUGUGGAGAUUUGUAAUGGAUCUGAGAUGAGAAACUUUGGAAAAACAACUUCAAUUUUUACCACCUACUGGAAAGAAUGUAAGAGAAGCCAUGACCAAUUUAUGCUUCUUGGGAAAUUACAACCAUCCCAACACCAUUUUUCUACAGAAGUGUUUAAAAUGGUUUCAAAUGAAAAGCCAGAUUUAAAACAGACAUGUAGUAAACACCAGAAAAUAGUUGGACAACAAGAAUUUAACCAAGAGUCCAUAUCCAAUAAUAUAAGGGUGAAUGCAAUUGGUAUACAGAUGUUGUCAGAAGGGCUUCAUAAACAAAUAUUUAGAAAAUGUGUUACCAAUUCUGAUACAAAAAAUAUCAAGAACUGUAUGGAGCACUUAAAGAAGCAUGGAUUAUGGGGAAAGGAAACUACAGUACAACCCAAUGUUAACCUUGCUUUGCCCACAUUCUAUGGAAAUAAUAUAGAUGAACAUUUCCAACAUCUAGGAGAGAGAGUUUCUGUGGAUUACAAAAAACUAUUAAAUGAUUUAACCAAUGUUGAAAUUCCAAAGAUGCCAGAAGAAUGGAAGUUUACUGCUGGAUGGAUUAGAUAUGGGGCUAAUGGAAAUGUAGAAAAGGUGGAAUAUCCAAGUGAACCAGUGUUAGUGUUUGACGUAGAAGUUUGCCUGCAAGAAGGAAAUUUUCCAACCUUAGCAACUGCUGUUUCUCCACAAGCUUGGUACUCAUGGUGUAGUGAGCAACUUAUAAAGGAACAAUUUUCCUGGGAUCAGGAAGUCUCUUUGAAUGACCUUAUUCCACUAGAAACACUACCUGGACAGGUAGAACCUUCUGAUGGACAAUCAUGGCAGCCACGAUUGGUUAUUGGACAUAAUGUUGGCUAUGAUAGAACCUAUAUAAAAGAACAGUAUUUUCUUAAGGGAACAAAACUCCGAUUUGUUGACACACUUUCAUUACAUAUGUGUGUCUCAGGACUUACUGGACUUCAGAGGGCACUGUCAGUAGCAUACAAGAGUAAUCAUAAGCAAAGAGAAAAACAAGAAGAACUAAUGUUGAAAGGCCCUCCUCCUCAAAUGUGGCAGGAUAUCAGUUCCCUGAAUAACCUGGUUGAUGUCUAUAGUCUUUAUUGUGGAGGUGCUCGUUUGGACAAAUCUGCUCGUGACAUUUUUGUUACAGGAAGCCUGAAUGAUGUGCGGCAAAAUUUUCAAGAACUAGUUCAUUACUGUGCCCAAGAUGUAAAAGCUACUUAUGAAAUCCUACAAAAACUACUGCCUCUUUUCUUUGAAAGAUUUCCACACCCAGUAACAUUUGCUGGAAUGCUUGAGAUGUCAACAGCUUAUUUACCAGUGAACCAGAACUGGCAACGAUACCUGAGAAAUACAGAAGAUAUCUACCAUGAUCUCCAGAAAGAACUGAAGCUUUCUUUAAUGCAUCUAGCAAAUGAUGCCUGCAGUCUCUUACAUGAUCAGAAAUAUAAAAAUGAUCCAUGGUUGUGGGACCUUGACUGGACAACCCAAGAAAUGAAAUGUAAGAAACAAGUAACAAGAAAAAAGAAUACAAAAGAACAGGACAAAAAAGAUAAAGGUAGUAAUGAUGUCAAGCCAGUGGACACAUUUAAACCAGAAUUGAAUCACUUUGUGUGCACAGAAGAUGACGAGGAUCUAGAUGAAGACUUAAGAAAAGUUUUUGAAACAGUGAACAAUCUAUAUAAAACACAACCAUUUCUUCCUGGCUAUCCUUCCUGGUAUCGAGAUUUAUCUGUUAAGCGAAAGGAAGGUAGUAAAGAUGAUGGUAAUGAAGAUGAAUGGGAACCUGGUCCUACUCUUAUCAGUACACAGAUGCGAACUGUCCCUAAGUUGAUGAGGUUGACAUGGGAUGGAUAUCCUCUUCAUUAUGAUACCAAACAUGGGUGGGGCUAUCUUGUACCAGGUAAACCACCAGAUGCUGAUACUGACAAUGGGGAAGAAGAAAUUUGUAAAAAAGAAGAUAGGUCAGAAUUUCCUUUAGAAAACCUUUUGAGAUUAUGUCCUCACUUGGAUAUCAAGAAAAAAGAAGGAACUGUAAGUGUAGUUGAAGAGGCAUGGAAAAAUCUUCAGAAUAUUCCUGAAAAUUCAUUUGAAGUAAAUGAACAAUGGAAGGCAAUUUUAGGAAAUAAAAAGAAGAAGUUACAGACUGAAAAAGCAGCUUAUAAUGGAGCCUUAGGUCACCAUGGUAAUGGUCCUUUUAAUGAUGUUAAUAUUAGGGGAUGCUGGUUCUUUAGGUUACCUCACAAGGAUGGGCUGCAUAAGAGAGUCGGUAACCCUUUAGCUAAAGAUUUUCUUAGUAAAGUAGAAGAUGGAACUUUGAGAGCACUGGGUGGAGGUCAAGCUGAUCAAGCUUUACGAUUAAAUAAGAUGGUGUCCUAUUGGAAGAAUGCUCGUGAUCGUAUUUUGUCUCAGAUGGUGGUGUGGAUGAAUCAAAGUGAACUUCCCUCUGCUGUGACUAGCAAUUCCUGUUAUGAUGAAGAUUUUCUCUAUGGAGCUAUCUUGCCUAGAGUAAUACCAGCUGGAACUGUUACUAGGAGAGCUGUCGAACCUACCUGGCUUACAGCAAGUAAUGCAUAUACUGACAGAGUUGGCAGUGAACUAAAAGCUAUGAUACAGGCUCCCCCUGGUUAUCACUUUGUUGGAGCUGAUGUAGAUUCUCAGGAAUUAUGGAUAGCAGCUAUACUUGGGGAUUCUCACUUUGCAGGCUUACAUGGUUGUACAGCUUUUGGUUGGAUGACACUUCAAGGAAAAAAGAGUGAAGGGACAGACAUGCAUAGCAAAGUUGCUGCAUCUGUUGGUGUUAACCGAGACCAUGCAAAGGUGAUAAAUUAUGGAAGAAUAUAUGGAGCAGGUCGAUCUUUUGCUGAGAGACUACUCAUGCAGUUCAACCACAGAUUAAGUAUGAAGGAAGCAAAAGAAAAAGCAAGGAAGAUGUAUACUGAAACAAAAGGAGUUAGAAGAUAUCUUCUUGAAGAUUAUGGUGGAUAUGAAGUUAUCCUUCAUUCCAGGGAUGAUGAAACUUCUCCAAAGAUUUGGGUUGGUGGAAGUGAGUCUCACAUGUUCAACAAGUUAGAAGAGAUUGCUCAGUCGCAACAACCUCAAACACCUGUAUUGAAAUGUCAGAUCAGUCGAGCAUUAGAACCACAAACCGUCAAAAGUAAUUUUAUGACAAGCCGAAUCAACUGGGUUGUGCAAAGCUCUGCUGUAGACUACCUUCAUCUUAUCCUGGUAUCCAUGAGAUAUUUGUUUGAAGACUUUGACAUAGAUGGUCGUUUUACUAUCAGCAUUCAUGAUGAAGUUCGUUAUCUAGUAAAGAGUGAGGAUAGGUACCGAGCAGCCUUAGCACUCCAAGUAUCCAAUCUCCUAACUCGAUCCAUGUUUGCAUUUAAGCUUAAGAUGGAUGAUUUACCUCAGUCUGUAGCAUUCUUCAGUUCUGUAGAUGUAGACUCAGUUCUAAGAAAAGAGGUAAACAUGGACUGUAGAACUCCUUCAAAUCCUCAUGGCUUAGAGAAAGGCUAUGGUGUACCUCCAGGUGAAUCCUUAGAUAUUUAUGAAAUUAUCAAACAAACUAAUGGAGGAUCUCUACAAAAAACAAGCAGUUGUUGAUACAGUUUCAAAAAGUACUUUACAUGUAUAAGUAUAUAUAUAUAUGUUUGUAAAUAAAAUUAUUUUU